CAGUCCGCUAAGAAACUUCGCGCGGUAAUCGCGUGUGCGUUCGAAAUUCAAAUCAAUGUCAAAUUCCAAGCGCGCGUAGUGAAAUAUUAAUAAAGAUAAGCAAAAUAUUUUAAAUAAUGUUUGAUUGAUUAAAGCGAGUUGAUUAUUGAAUAUAUUGAUUCUCAUAAAUAAGAAGAUUAUUGUAAUUAAAUUUCGUUUGUUUUAAACAAUAUAUAAUGUUAAGAAGAUGCGGUUUGUUCCUGUUAUGCACAGUAGUUGUUUCAUACGUCGAGGCCACUGUACCAGUUACUGCAAAUGAGAUAAAUCAAUUACCAAGAAAGAAAACUGUCAACCCAGGGGCAGCUCUGUAUCCCCGGGCAACUGAAACUAGAGACCUUCGAAAUCUAGAUGGUGUGUGGAAUUUUAGGAAAUCACCCACAGACCCGGAGUUCGGGUACAAGAAUGGAUGGUUCGAACAGGAUCUUGAAAGGACAGGUCCAGUGAUCCCUAUGCCGGUACCCUCGUCAUACAAUGAUAUUGGCGAAGACGCUUCGCUGAGAGAUCACGUUGGUCUCGUCUGGUACGACAGACGAUUCUAUGUUCCGAGCUGGUGGGGUCAGAACGGCCAACGAGUUUGGCUCAGAUUCAGCAGCGUACAUUAUGCCUCACAAGUAUGGGUCAAUGGUCAGUCCGUAAUGUACCAUGAGAUAGGUCAUUUGCCAUUUGAAGUGGAGAUCUCGGACGUGGUCAGCUAUAAUUCAAGCAACCUUCUGACAGUGGUUGUGGAUAACACGCUUUUGAGCGACACUGUACCUCAAGGAACCAUACGGGACAUAAUGGUUGCGAACAACAAAGUUCGCCUGGAGCAAACGUACACAUUCGAUUUCUUCAACUACGCGGGCAUACAUCGGUCGGUCUUCUUGUAUUCCACUCCUCAAACUUUUAUUGAUGACGUCAUUGUUAACACGGAUAUACAGGGAUUGACAGGCUUCGUAGUUUACAAUGUGACCUACAAGAGUGCAAGUAACGUACAGUGUGUGAUUCAACUGUGCGAUAAGAAUGGGACGCAGGUGGCUGGAUCGCAGGACUGCGCGGGGCUGAUGGAAGUUGGCAAUGCUAACUUUUGGUGGCCGUAUUUGAUGCAUCCCGAGCCGGGGUAUUUGUAUACUUUUAAGGCAUCAUUGAUAGGGCCACUGGGUGAACUAGUCGACACUUACAGUUUAAAGGUCGGCAUCCGAACAGUGACUUGGAGUAAUACCACCAUUUAUUUGAAUGACAAACCUAUCUACCUCAGAGGCUUUGGAAUGCACGAGGACUCAGAUCUCAGAGGCAAAGGCUGGGAUCCAGUUCUAUGGGUGAAAAACUUCAACUUAAUUAAAUGGGUUGGAGCGAAUGCCUUCAGAACCUCUCACUACCCGUACGCCGAAGAAAUCUACCAAAUGGCUGAUGAGCAGGGAAUUAUGAUCAUUGAUGAAUGCCCCAGUGGUGAUACUGAUAUUUUCACCGACUCGCUACUCGAGAAACACAAACAGUCCCUCACUGAGUUGAUCAGACGAGAUAAAAACCACCCAAGUGUGGUGAUGUGGUCUAUCAGUAAUGAACCCAGGUCUGCUAACUAUAAAGCUGAUGCUUAUUUUGGUAAAGUUGUGAAACAUGUGAAAUCGAUGGAUUUGUCUAGGCCAGUCACUAUAGCCAUUUCGCAAUCCUACUUGAAUGACAAAGCGGGUCAACAUUUGGACGUUAUUUGCUUUAAUCGAUACAAUGGGUGGUACUCUAACACGGGAUCAUUGCUUAACAUCGCCUCUUACGUGACAGAGGAAGCUACAUCAUGGCAUCGUAGAUAUAAUAAACCAGUUAUCAUGACAGAAUAUGGGGCCGAUACGAUUGCUGGGUUACAUUUGAUACCUGAAUACGUUUGGUCCGAGGAAUACCAAGUAGCGUUGAUGUCGGAGCACUUCAAAGCGUUUGAUCGUUUACGGCGAGUUGGAUUUUUCGCCGGCGAAUUUAUUUGGAACUUCGCAGAUUUUAAAACAACACAAACGAUAACAAGAGUGGGUGGGAACAAGAAGGGUAUAUUCACAAGAUCUAGGCAACCUAAGGCGUCUGCGCAUCACUUGCGCGCAAGAUACCACUCUUUGGCAGCGGCGGAGUCAGGCGCACCGCCACCGGACAUGGCGUAUUACAUCAGUGAUCACAAACCACCGGCGCAUGAGGAGUUGUAGAAUAAAGAUUAUAACAAGUCUAUAUUAAUUACAUUCGACAUAUUUUAAACUUUGUUUUUCUAUGUGCUGUAUAUAGAUUAAAAGCUGGUUAAGUUGUUGACCGAAAGACACUGCAAACGUAACUCAAAAAUCAAGACAAUAUCUUCAUUGUAUAAACGAAAACUGUCCCAUAGCAAAACAAAAUACAAUAAUAAACUUUAUUACCUCCAUCUAAGGUUCUAUUUUAAAUAGGUACGUGAAGAUGCUAAUGUAGCUAAUUGAAAUACUAAUUUUUUUAGGUGUUCGAUACAAAAAACAAUUUUGUCGUUAAAGACUUGUAAUACAAUUUACUUCACAUUCCAAUCAUCACAACUGUAUCAGUACAACUCAUCUGUUUGUCAAAGCAUAUUAAACAUAUACAUUUCAAACUAUUCAUUAAUAUAAGGUAUUAUAAUUGACUUAAUUCCCAUUACUUCGGUCAAAGUUAUAAUGAAACAAUUUUAUAUAAUGAUUGCGAAUUUAAUAUUGAGUUUUGAUAUCGCGAGAUCUUAACGCCGCAAAAGCGGUACAUUGAAGAAACUAUAUCAAUAAAGAUCCAUGCUUAUCAUUUAUCUCAAUAUAAUAUUAGUAUAGUGCAUAGUAGACAAUAGUCAAAUGUCUGUCGUUAGAAAUAUAUACAUAUUAUACUGCCAUUUAAAGUAUUCAUUAUCUGAAAAGGAUUAAGUAUAAAUAUAAUUUAUAGAUCCUCAGUUACUUGUAAACGUAAUACGCAAUUUAAACGACUAUAAUUUAGAAUAAGACAGAACUAUUUUGCUAUCUCAUAUUGCGUUUAUUAAUUACGUAAAAAGUUGUAUAUUUAAUUGCCCUACAUCAAAGCCAAUUUAUUUACCCCCUUAUAAAAACUUUUUCAGUCUAUUAAACACUGUUUUGACAAAAGCACUGAUCUCUUUCCAAUAAUAUGUAGUUGACAAGUACUAGCAAUAGACUGAUCUCUUUCUAAAUAUAUAAAGUUGAGAAAGAGACAAAAAGUAAUAAAACAGUGCUUUACGUUUUUAUAAUUAAGGAUAGUUUUUUUUAACCUAACAGCCCUAUUCAGAAUUGUCAAUAUAAUCUUGAAUGGUAGAUUAAUUAUAACCAUUAUAUAAUAUCAAAACAGUUUACGCGGAAAAUUUAACUCCCGGUUACUUUGACCGGCGAAAGACUAGUUUUCGUUUGAAUUUAUGAAGUUGAUUCUUCAGUAAUCUUUUAUUUAACGACUCUGAGUACGGCUGUGUAAACCGUAUUGUGUAAACCGUUAAGCUAAUGACAUAUUAUAGUUUGUGCUGAAAAGUACAAAUUAGCAAUGCAUUUAACUGUAAAUGGUAUUAUCUAAGUCUAUUUUUAGUUUUAACCCACCUAUAACAUAAAAAGUGGAAUAAAUGAUUGCAAUAUAUAAAAAAGAUUAUUAACAUGUUAUUCGAACUAAAUUGCAUAUAUGUUAAUGGUUCUGUAUACUUAAGGGCGAAUCCAGGAGUGGGUCAUCAAUGCAUACCCUCCCCCCACCCCAUGGGGCCUGUUAUUUGUCAGAAUUCCGUCACCAUUAAAUAACAUAAUAUAAAAAGUUUUCCAUCCACUUAUCCGUCCUCGUAACACUAAUUUGAAAAUAAAUUCGCAAUACGUUUAUUGAUUUUAUCUAUACAAUUAUUAUAUAUACAAGCUCGUGCUCUAAUGUUAAGAGAGAUAUAAUGUGAAAUAAAUUAUACAAAUACA